AUGACCCGCAGUCCACGGCAGCACUUUCGAGGUCGCACAGCGGACGGAGGGUGGUGCACGAGCGGGAGACGCAUUGUUGUGUCUUGCAUUCGUCGCGACUCGUAUUACUGGCCAUUGGGGGUGAUUGAGACUGGUUGCGACGGAGGAGGUGGAGGAGGACUCGAAGUCGACCGCGGCAUUGAGGUUGCAUCUUGUCGCAACGGCGGCGCAGCAGCGGGUGCCAGCGCAUACCGACACCAGAAGCAUCAUCGAACAAUCGACGAACGGCAGCGAUACAAUCAUGAAAGCGAGCGCGCGGGCCUGUUAACGCCAUCUCUGGCCGACGUCAGCUUGGUGCUCCCCAGCCUUCCUGCACGCACUUCUCCUGCCACACCUCGCCGUUCGAUUAACGACCGAGACGAUCCCCACGACCACGACAAGUACACGACCUCUUUACGACACCGCCAGGAGCAGGCCUCGGCAUAUUAUCGCACGCACCUCCGCGACUACUCGCGACCGUCCAGCUCAUCUGGAAGUGCUGCCUCUACAGCCCCGAGUCUACGCCGGACUGCUCGCUUCGAGGCUCGUCCCUCACGCCUGCGAUCCAGCUCUGCCGACUCGCCUUCGCACACACGUCUCGCGGAAGCUGACAACGAGUCACGUGAGCCACGACAGCAAACGUCGCACCGACGAACAGCCAGCGCUCACUACCCUUACGCAUCCUACAAGCAUCCCGCGCUCCGUGUCUCAAGCCGCACUCACAACGCUAUCACCUACGCGCUUGAAGAGGGUCUUCGCAAAGGCCCGAAGCUCUUCACAGCUGACGAGGUCGAAGAGAGCGCCGAAAUGUCUGACCUCGGCGGUGUACGCGCGAGCAAUGGCGGCGCAAGAACUACAGGGCCCGUGCCGGUGUCUGCAGCAGGAGCACGAGCUGGUAUGAGGACGCCCACACAAGUUAUGAGAGAUCGGACGGCACGAGAAGCACAACGACAGGAAGAGCAGAAAGCAGAAGAGCAGCGGCGACUGGCUGAAGAGCGGAGAAGAAGUGCUGAGCGCAGAGCUGCUGCUGUUGGUGGUGGUGCACCCAGAUUCAGUCAGACUUCUUCACAUUACUCUCCUGAUGUCUCGGCGCCGCAGUCUGGCUUUGAUCAGAGACGGAGUACGGGUGCGCAGGUAGCUCCCUCGGAUGCGCUCGGGAACCCGACAAGUAGGACUUCGCAAGUGUAUCCGGACAGCAGGACUCGCGGACCGAGCGUCACUCAGCAAGAUCAGCCGCGACCGGCCACUACAGGCGGCGCACGCAGAACACAGCCCGCUGCUCGUCAAACAACCUCAGCACCAGGAGCGAGUGCCGGACCUUCACAACAACCGCAAGCAGAUUCCGGCGCACAGCAACGGACAGGUCCUUCAUCCUUCCCACACGCCUUUGAACGCUGGGAGACCUUGUCCUCGCACUGGGAGGGUCUCACAUCCUACUGGCUCCGCAAGCUCGAGCAGAACACGGAAGAGAUACACAACAUCGUUCCAAACGCCGUCACACUCAACCGACAGAUUACCGAUCUCUCAGCCGCCGGCGCCAACCUCUUUCAUGCUGUUGUGGAACUCCAGCGCCUGCGUGCUAGCAGUGAGCGCAAGUUUCAACGGUGGUUCUUCGAGGCAAAGAGAGAAGAGGAGAAGCAGAAGGAGAGCCAUGCUGAACUGAGACAAGUGUUGGAGCAAGAACGAAAGUCGAGAGAAGACGUCACAAGACGGGGAGCCGACUCUUCUAUACAGAUUGAGAAUGCUCGUCGGGAGGCCGCGGAGGCAAAGAGGGAGCUGGCGAUCUCCAAAGAGGAGGCGCGGCGAGCGUGGGAAGAGCUGGGUAGGCGGAAUCAGGAAUCCCUCGAAACGGCGCAGAGCUUGAAGGAUGGUAGAAUCACCGUCGUGCACGGCGUCCAGGUCGUUCCUUAUUUCGGCGGUCCCAGCAGAACCGGCAGCGCCAGCCAACGCCCGCAGACCAGAGAUGGCCCUCAAUACGGCAACACAGGCAUGGCUUCCGGCCCAGCUGCAGCAGGUCUCACCAGCCCUGGCGAUGAGCGAGAGUACUACCAGCAAGACGCCUCUCCAACCAACACCGACCCGUUCACCGAACAGAAGCCCCUCCAUCACGAACCAGGCCAGCAAUCCUUCAACGCCGGUACUUACUAUCCAACCGGUGGCUCGCCUUCCCAGCGCCCGCCUCCCGCAUCCGCUGGCUCGCUUACUCCCUCUGCCCGCGCCCCAGCCGGUGGUAUGACAGACCAAGAAGCCCAGCGCUUCUACCAGCACCCACCAGGCGAAACCUUCCUGCACUCCGCCCAAUCAUCCUCCCACGGCGCCCCUCCGCAAGCCCGCGAAGACAUCCGCUCCCAAGGCUCCUACGUCGACACCCUCAGCGAAGGCGACACCGAGUACGCCCUCGACGCCGCCGGCAACGUCCGUGUCGACGAGCGCGGCCGCCCCAUCGUCUACGGCUCGCAGCCCCAGCGCCAUGAGUCGAACGAAACGGACGAUUCGUACGAUGUGCAAGCCGAUAUCCGCCGCGAAGCCGAGCACGCUGCGCGCUACGGCGGAAGCGGAGGCGGUGGUGCGGGCUUAGGAGGCGCAGGCAUCGUGCCGCCUGAAGCUCCAACGGCGCCGUCGACGAGCGCGCAGGCUAUGGCGCACUUCUCGCCGACGUCUGGACAAGGGCAGCAGAGCAGGCCGACGUAUGAGGGAGAGGAGUAUGAGGAUUGGGAGCCGGUGCGGGAGACGCGGCAUCAUCAUCCGACGAGGCUGAGCGAUGUGCUUGAGGAGGAGGAGGAGAGGAGUAGUCGGCGGACGGGCGACUAA